AUGGAGAGAGAUAAUGAUAGCACUGUGUCUGAGUUCAUCCUCCUGGGGCUUCCCAUUCGGACAGAGGACCAAGCUGUGUACUCUGCCCUGUUCCUGGCCAUGUACCUGAUAACUGUGCUGGGGAACCUGCUCAUCAUUCUGCUCAUCAGGCUGGACUCUCACCUCCACACCCCCAUGUACUUCUUCCUCAGCCACUUGGCCUUCACAGACAUCUCUUUCUCAUCAGUCACAGCACCAAAGAUGCUCAUUAAUAUGCUGACACACAGUCAAUCCAUCUCAUAUGCUGGGUGUGUUUCCCAGAUGUAUUUUUACAUAGUUUUUGCUGAUCUUGACAGCUUUCUUCUGACCUCCAUGGCCUAUGACAGGUAUGUGGCCAUCUGCCAUCCUUUGCACUAUACUACCAUCAUGAAUCAGAGCCUCUGUCUUUUUCUAGUAGUUAUGUCCUGGGCCUUAUCUUCAGCCAAUGCCCUUGUGCACACCCUUCUCUUGGCUCGCCUAUCUCACUUUAGAAACAAUACCAUUCCACACUACUUCUGUGACCUCUCUGCCAUGCUGAAGCUGUCCAGCUCAGACACCACCAUCAAUGAGUUGCUCAUCCUUACUUUAGGUACUAUGGUCACUAUCCCACCAUUCAUAUGUAUCCUGGUCUCUUAUGUCCGCAUAGGUGUCACUAUUCUGAAAACUCCCUCCAUUAAGGGAAUCUGCAAAGCCUUUUCCACAUGUGGCUCUCACCUCUCUGUUGUUUCUCUAUACUAUGGAGCCAUAAUUGCACUGUAUUUUGUCCCCUCAUCUAGUAACAGUAAUGACAAGGAUGUCAUUGUAGCUGUAAUGUACACUGUGGUCACACCCAUGCUGAAUCCCUUUAUUUAUAGUCUGAGAAAUCGGGAUAUGAAAGGAGCACUUAGAAAUAUCCUCAGCAGGAGACUGUGUUCAUAG